GCUUCCAUCGGCGAUCGCUUUGCCGCAGCCUCCCUCCCCCUUUAAACUCCACCUCGCCAACGGCAGCAGGGAGCUCAACGCCGUCCACGUUGCGAGGCCGCUAUCACAACGCCGACUAACGCAGUGAACUUUAAACGCGACGACGGCGGCGGCGGCGGUGGUGGUGGUGGUGGAGAGAGGAUCACCACAACGGAGUUGGACUCGCCCAGUGUUACCCCCCCUCUCCCCUUCUCUCUGGUUCCCCCACCCCCGCCGCGUCUCUGAGCCACGUGGUUUUAGAAUUCAACUUUUGUUAGGUUUCGUAAGCGAGGGGUAUGAGCAAGAAAACACGCGGACUUCAUUCUUUACCGCGGAUUUAAAGUCGGCGGGGAGGACUUGACAACUAGCGUCGCAGCCACAGUGCUUGAACGAUGGGCGAUGGCGCCGACGCCGGGGGAUGGACGGAGCAGGCGGGCGACGAGGCGGAACUGCGGGAGGCGUGCGGCGUGUUCGGCUGCGUGGCACAGGGCGAGUGGCCGAGCCAGCUGGACGUGGCUCACAUCAUCGCGCUGGGGCUGGUGGCGCUGCAGCACAGGGGCCAGGAGAGCGCCGGCAUCGUCACGAGCAACGGGGCGACCCAGCCACGAUUCACGACGCACAAGGGCAUGGGCCUGGUGAGCAGCGUGGUGCGGGAGGAGGACCUGGUCAAGCUGCGGCAGGGCAAUCUGGGCAUCGGCCACACGCGCUACUCCACCGCGGGACACUCGGAGCUGCUCAACUGCCAGCCGUUCGUGGUGGAGACGCUGCACGGCAAGAUCGCGGUCGCACACAACGGCGAGCUGGUCAACGCCGCCAAGCUGCGCCGCAAGGUUCUGCGUCACGGCGUGGGGUUGUCCAGCACCUCGGACAGCGAACUCAUCACUCAGCUGCUGGCGCUGACCCCGCCCGGAGAGGAGCCACACGGGCCCGACUGGGUGGCAGCGGUGGGCCCCACGCGCCGGCUCGCUCGCUCCCUCGCUGCCCAUCGCUCGCCUCGUUCAAUUGCUCGCCAUCGCUCGCUCACUCGCGCGCUCGUCCGCUCAUUCACUCGCUCGCUCACCAAAUCGCUCACCCAAUGUCGAAUGUUCGCUCGCUGUCCGGAGCUCAAUCGCUCACUCACCCACUCGCUCACUCACCCACUCGCUCGAUGGCUCACUCACCCACUCGCUCACUCACCCACUCGCUCACUCACCCAACGCUCACCCACUCGCUCACUCGCCCACUCACCCACUCGCUCACUCACCCACUCGCUCGAUCGCUCACUCAUUCUACUCGUUUGCUCAGUCACCUACUUACUCACUCACCCUGAAUCGCCCUCCUGCUCGCUCGCCCAGUCACCAUCACUCGCUCACCCUCACGCUAGCUGGCUCGCUCAAUCACUCUCCAUUGCUCACUCGCUCCCCCCACACGCUCGUUACCUGGCCGUCACGUGCUCGCCCACCUGCUUGCUUGCACAAUCGCUCGCCAUCGCUCACUUGUUCGCUUACCCACCCGCUCGCCCGCUCACUCGCUCAACACAUCUCUCUCGCUCGACCACAAUGACAUCAUCGUCAAUGUUUAAUAAACGAAUACUCGCGUACGGCACCUGGGUCCUAAAACGUGGCUGACCCCCACCUCACCCUUGACCUCGCCCAGCCCACCCUUGACCCCGCCUAGCCCACCCUUGACCCCGCUUACCCGAUGCUCGACCCCGCCCACCUCACCCGUGGCGUCUCUGCGGCCACCCUGGCAGGAUCCGUAACCUGAUGGAGGAGACGCGCGCCGCCUACUCGCUGCUCGUGAUGCACGACGACGUGAUCUACGCGGUGCGCGACCCCUACGGGCUCCGGCCGCUCUGCCUGGGCCAACUCGUGCCCCCCUCGUGCAUGUCCUCCCCCGGUACCAACGUGGAGGGUGACACCGAGGGCUGGGUCGUCUCCUCCGAGUCCUGCAGCUUCCAGUCGAUCGGGGCCAGGUUUUACCAGGAGGUGCGUCCCGGCGAGAUGGUGGCGAUCAGCCGGGGCGGGGUGCGCUCGCUGGGCGUGGUUCCGCGGCCGCACGCCGACCCGCCGGCGUUCUGCAUCUUCGAGUACGUCUACUUCGCCCGGCCCGACUCGGUCUUCGAGGGCCAGAUGGUGUACACGGUGCGGCACCGCUGCGGACAGCGCCUGGCCACGGAGGCUCCGGUCGCCGCCGACCUGGUGAGCGCCGUGCCGGAAUCGGCCACGCCUGCCGCGCUGGGAUACGCCCAGGAGUCGGGGCUGCCGUACGUCGAGGUGCUGUGCAAGAACCGCUACGUGGGCCGCACCUUCAUCCAGCCCAACACGCGCCUGCGCCAGCUCGGCGUCGCCAAGAAGUUCGGCGUGCUCGCCGAGAACUUUGCGGGCAAGCGCGUGGUGCUCAUCGACGACUCCAUCGUGCGCGGCAACACCAUCGCGCCCAUCAUCAAGCUGCUGCGAGAGGGUGGCGCCAGCGAGGUCCACGUGCGCGUCGCCUCGCCGCCCGUGCGACACCCGUGCUACAUGGGCAUCAACAUCCCGACGCGUGAGGAGCUCAUCGCCAACAAACCCCAGUUCAACUCCCUCGCCAGCCACCUCGAUGCCAACAGUGUGGAGUACCUGUCCGUGGCAGGGCUGCAGUGGGCUGUGCAGAAGGGCAUCAAGCACGGGGGCAACGUCCCGGUGACGGCCGUGCAGCUGGAACCCGAUGACGACCGCGACCACGACGGUCGCGAAGUGGCCAACGGCUCGGCAGGCUCCGGUCACUGCACCGCCUGCCUGACGGGGAGCUACCCCGUGGAGCUUGAGUGGUGACCGCCGCCGCCGCCGCGUUGGCGCCACGUUGGCGUCCCGGUUGCACCGCGAUGGUAGCGACGCUCAUGAAGUCGUCGCGAGCGUGCGGCCGUGGCAGGCUGGUGGGGGAGGGCAGCGGCCACGUGGCAGAGAAGCCCUUGGAGCUAUGGAGGCCUGACCCCCACCCCCCGCAAGCGAUGGACGAUGUGACGGAGAGACGCAGCACGGUGUCCCGUUCCCCGAGUAGUGGGAGAGGCGUCGAUGCCACUCGAGAUACAGAAGCCCAGCUGGUUGCUUGCUGCGUAGUUGCUGUCCCUCCCCCCGAAUGCGACACGAAGUUUUGUUGUUAUUUUUGUAAUUUAGUGCCAAACAAAAAUGCAACUGGCGGUAGAGAUGGCGCAGGAACUCACAGACUGCCCUUUGCAGCCCUCUGUCGAAGCUAAACGGUGAAACUAUCCUGAACGUAACUUUGUUGCAUCAUUCAAUUGUUGUCCUGCUUUGAACUUAAUGUUGGGCCUUGACACCAGCCCACCCCACUCCCCUCUGUGCAGCCCUGCCACAGGAAGCCUGGCUGUGAAUCUAGGAAAGUAAAGGCAGCUUGAUAACCUAUACACAAAUCAAACAACUCUUCAGGAAAAUUUUAAAGGAAAAAAGGUGCGCUUUAAACCAUGAUUACAUUUUAAUGCAGUGUUCACAAACAUCGAGGCGUCUCAUGCAACGACAAGAAAUGCAGCCAUGUUGGUCCAGGUUCAUUCGAUUACCACGUGGCCCAUUCGAAUCAAUCAGCGCAAUAUUGCUCGUACAAAAAGACAACAUAAUGCUAGAAUAACAGUUGCUUCGAGUUGCGGACCUAAAUGCAACUUUUAUUUCCCUCGGUGUUGCAUCCUUUUCUUAAAAAACAAAACUCUAUGAAAAGGGCAAAAAGCACACGGCAACAGCAUUUGUUGCUAGCAACGUUAUUGCAAGAGAAACAAAAACUUGCACUGUGUUGAUCUUUGUACUUCAUCUCAAAGAGGCGUCAAUUGUAGCAAACCACUGGUGGCGUGUGGCACCAAACGGUGAAUGUGGCGGUGCAACUCAAGAGGCCAGAUAAUGUUUCCCGAGACGAGUUGGCGUCGCCUGCCUUUGCCGCCAUCAAGUUGAUUUCUCGUCGUUGCUCGGAAUGCGCGACGACGGGUUUUGUCUUGUUGCGAAUGUGUUUUUAAACAAAGUUCAUUUUGUGAUGACGGUUUUGUUUUUUGGUCAAUUUGAAUAAAAAAGAUGUUACA